AUGGCUUCUGAGGAGUCGGCUCCCACCACAGAGGUCCCUGUUAAAGUGCCACAACCUGCCGAUGGAGCUCCUCCAUCGUUAGCUGAGCCUGCCUCUGGGACCGUCGCCGAGAUGUCGGGAGCUCUUCCCGCUGAGAAAUCUACUGAGGCUGAACCGGUUCAGAGCACAGAUACCGCAACCGCGAAUGGCCCUGUCGAGACCGCAUCAGAACCAACCAAGGAGCCACAAGAGCCGGUGACUGAGCCUGAACCUGUAGCAGGCACUGCCGAGGACGCAGAGACGAAAGAGACGGAUGAAGCAGAGACUGCUCAGCCAGAGACCAACGGCGCAGCCCCUGCCGAUAAGAAGUCUUCGUCCUCGAGAAGAAAGUCAUCGACUGUCCCUGAACACAAAGGCAAGAAGCUCAACAAGAAGAAGUCCAUGUCCAAAAUGACCCAUCUCGAUGCCCAACCGGGCGAUUACUAUCUUGCCAGGCUCAAAGGAUAUCCACCUUGGCCAUCAAUCAUCGCGGACGAAGAUAUGCUUCCUGACAUCAUGAUCAACACCAGGCCUGUCACCACGAAGAAGGCCGAUGGAACCUACAACGAAGCCUACGCGGAUGGCGGCAAGAAAAUGAAUGAACGAACGUUCCCUAUCAUGUUUCUAGGCACAAAUGAAUUCGUCUGGAUCCACAACACCGACCUGACUCCAUUGACGCCCGAUGAGUGCAAGGAUGUCCCAGAAAAGGGCAAAGGCAAAGCUCUUCUCGGCGCAUACAAGGUCGCUGCUGAAGGUCACGACUUACAAUUCUUCAAGACCAUGCUUGAUGAGCAUGCAGCUGCGUUGCAGGCUGAAAUCGAUGCAAAGGAGGCCCGAGAAGCCGAAAAGGUCGCCAAAGCUGAGAAGAAGAAGCGCAAGAGCGAGGCGAAAGCCGAACCCGAGGACGUGGAGAUGGAAGACGCUGACGUCGAUGUCGAGCCCAAGAAAUCUUCCAAGAAGCGUAAGAAGGAGGUCGACGAGGAAGAAGACGAAGAUGAGAAGCCCGCAAAAACCCCCAAGACCACCAAGAUCAAGUUGACCACCAACAAGACUCCCAAGACUGAAGAGAAGAAGCCCAAGGAGAAGGCAACCAAGGGCCGAGCGGACAAGAGGAAGUCUCGAGCUGCCCAAGAGGACGAGGAGAUGGCAGACGUAGUCGAACCAGAGCCAGAAGAGAAGCCGUUGGACCCUGUCGAGGCCCGCAAGGCUCGCGAGAAAGAAGUCCUCUUUCUCCGCCACAAGCUACAGAAAGGAUUCUUGUCCAGAGAUCAAGCUCCUCAAGAAGAUGAGAUGCCAAUGAUGGCAACGUACAUCAAAAAGCUCGAGGGCUAUGCGGAUCUGGAAGUCAGCAUCAUUCGAACCACCAAGAUCAACAAGGUCUUGAAAGCUUUGAUCAAGCUUAACACCAUCCCCAGGGAUGAAGAAUUCGAGUUCCGAAAGCGCUCUAUGGAGCUUCUGAGCCAAUGGAACAAGAUUCUUGGUUCGGAGCCAGCGGAUGGCGAUGCUGCUGGGGACAAGGACACUGCCACGAACGGAGUUCAUGAUGAAAAAUCCGAAGAAGCUCCAGAAGAAGAGAAGAAGGAAGAGUUUUCUGCUCCUCCCGAAAAGCCUGCUGAUGCUGCCGAGGAGAAGCCAGCGGCGGAGCCUGAGGCAGAGAAACCUGCAGCGGACGCGGAACCCGAGAAAGCAGUAGCCGAAGAGCCAAAGCCUGUCGAAGCCGCAGAGCCACCGAAGACUGAAGUGGCUGCGCCUGAAACCGUGGAGAAAGCCCCGGAAUCGGCAGCAGCUGCUACGGAGGCUGCGGACGUUGUCAAGGCCGCUGAGUGA